GCCUGCACGGGCGCCAUCUUGCUCGCGAGGAGAGGUCGAAGGGCUCUCGUUUUUCGGACCGCCCGGCGUGUUGCUGCUGCAGACGCUUCUUCGCGAAGGGAUUCGGUGUUCGUGGUCGCCGCGAUGGAGAACAACGUCAACGCCAACAACGGUGCACAGCAGGCCGCCGUGCAACUGGAAGUCGGCGCAACCGUGCGCCCGUUCGAUCCGGCGUCUCACGACUUGGACCCCGGUUUCAGGCUGACACGGUUUGCCGAUCUGAAAGGAUGAGGGUGUAAAGUCCCCCAGGAUUCGCUAACUAAACUCCUGGAGGGACUCCUACAACUCGGCGACGGCGAUGGACCUUGCCAGCAGCGCCACUAUUACCAAGUCCAGGGCCUGCCACGUUCGGGCUCGGGUGUCGAGUGCAGCUUGACUCCACUGAGGCACGGUGGACUGUCGCUGGUGCAAAGCGUCGACUACCUGUAUCCUCUGGUCGAAGACCCCUAUGUCAUGGGCAAGAUUGUGUGCGCCAGUGUCCUGAGCGGACUGUAUGCACACGGUGUGACUGAAUGUGACAAUGUGCUGUUAGUGUUGGGUGUGAGCAGCAAGCUGACGGACAAAGAGCGCGAUGUGGUGUUGCCCCUGUUGGUGCGUGGCUUUCGGGAUGCGGCUGCUCUGGCCGGUACCAGCGUGACUGGCGGACAGACGGCUUCCAACCCUUGGCUCAUCAUUGGCGGAUGUGCGACGAGCUGCUGCCAUCCGGCGGAGUUCAUAUCAGCAGACAAUGCAGUGGUCGGCGAUGUGCUGGUGCUGACCAAGCCCCUGGGCGUCCAGGUGGCAGUUAGUGCCCUCCAGUGGCUAGAACAGCCCGAGAGAUGGAACAGGGUUCGGCUCGUUGUGGCUGAGGAAGACGUCCACAAGGCCUGCCACCGCGCCCGUGACUCCAUGGCACGACUCAAUCGCACAGCUGCGCUUCUAAUGCACAAGUAUAAUGCUCACGGUGCCACGGAUGUACGGAGCGGCGGUCUCCUCGGUCACGCACAACUCCUCGCACGCGCACAGAAGAACGACGUCUCCUUUGUCAUUCACAACCUGCCUGUGCUGGCCAAGAUGGCAGCCGUGGCUAAGGCAUGUGGAUCCACCUUCCAGUUGCUGCAGGGCUUUUGUCCCGAAACGUCAGGUGGCCUGCUGAUCUGUCUGCCAAGAGAACAGGCAGCAGCCUACUGCAAAGACAUUGAAAAGCAGGAAGGUUAUCAGGCCUGGAUCAUCGGCAUCGUGGAGAAAGGCUGUCGGACAGCGCGCAUCAUUGACAAGCCACGCGUCAUCGAAGUUCCCUCAAAGGACAGAGAAGGUGAACUUUGGUAGCAACAUCGUCGGCGCGUAUGACCUGUCUGCCACCCUCAGAAACUGCUGGUCGGGCUCCUGGUUCCUUCUGGGUGUCAACCCGCCACAGCUUUGCAGCACAGCAGUAUCACCUUGCUCACUCUGUGUUCACCUGAGUGCUGAUGCGACGAACUACAGUGCGGGAAGGGAUUGCGUGUCGGUGCUUAUUUCCAAAACUUUCCUUUGGUCUAUGGGGUAUUUUUUUCUAGCUGCACCAGAUUUUUAUUAAAACUGGUGUAAGUCAGCAUUACAAUGUUUGUGGCAUUCGAGUGUUCAGUUUAGUUACCUCUAGGUAUAGAAGAAUUUGCAGUGUUGUGCAUAACUUAUGAAGAUUUAUUCUAAUAAUGUUCCAAUGAUUGAUGUCGGUCGGUUCAAGCAAAUGAGUAGUUUCGAGCCUCUCUUCACAAUUUGGCUCGGCCGCUCUCUGUUGUUAGCUCCAAAAAUUAAUUUUCAGGAGCUAGUGGAACAGCUACGUAGGCAUGUAUUUUAAAUUCAAGAGCCAUGAAAUUGAUGCUUUCAAGGAGCUUUUGAACAUGAGACACCUGCGUAGCCUUGUGCCUUAGCCACCUAUGAUCAAUUAAUGCUUAACAAAUGGAACUUGCUUAAUUGACACAUAACUGUAUGAAUUACUCUGUGUCGUGAAGCUGCUAGUCUGAUAAUUGAAUGCAAAAAAUUUUCGUCACCAUCAUAUACAUCUAGGCCCGAUUUUAAAAGGCUUGGUGCAGCUAAAGAAAAAAUGCCCUGUAUGUUCGGCAACCCGAAGAAGCUAGCUACUUUGCUUCUGAUAUUACUCCGUCUUUCAUCGCAAAGAAGCUGUGUAUCGCUAACCUGUACGACGUGCCAACACGUGGGGUCGAGCUAACGGCCACGACUGGGGUAGGUGAUAGGGGUGGGGAGGGGGGAGCGUGAACACAAACCUUUCUCGUCGUUUCAAUUCUCACUGCUAGAUUAGUAUUUUUGCCACCUGUUCACCGACCCCAACCAUUUCUUGUUGGAAACCUACAGUCGUAACACUUUAUUGACUGGAAGUUCUUUGCACACUUACUUCUUAAGGUCUGAUUUGAUGUGUUCAAAUAGGGUGUCAUUUGUUGCUGGAAUAAAGUUGGAGUCUUUUAGUUGAGCUACAUACUUUAGAAAGGAAAGAAGGCAGUGGUGAGAGAGAAAACAAGUACGAGAAAAGUACACAGGACUGGUGCUUAGUUCGAAGUGAGGUUUAUUAAGACAAAGUUUUUACACGUCGCAAGACCAUCAUAGGGUGUCAUAUCUUUAUCGUCAAUCGGUGAUACUUUAUACCAUCUCGUCGUACUUUUUUUUCAUGCCACUGUCCUGUCAUGAACUUCCUUGCUUUUUUUUUUUUCUAUUCAAGUCUUGACAAACGCAACAAACUCUGUUACUUUGAUGUAUUCUUCAUUUGUUGCACUGCUUUUAAGUGGUGCGAAAACGGGUCAUUAGUACCGAGCUCUGCACAUGCUCUAGUCUACUGUGGCCACUGUAAGGGGGUAAUCAUAGAGUUUCUCGCAACGUUACCUAGACUGAAAUGUGGCGCCACCCUCUGAUCGACCUUUGUAAUGGAAUGUGCUACGACGACAGCAUCGUCGUACAGUGUGAGUGAGGCUUCGCUCAAAAUGCAUAUAUGACUACAGUGAACUCUCAAUUGAGUGAACUUCAAUGGACCCAAGGAAAUAGUUCACUAAACUGAAUAUUCACUAGAAUAUGGAACAACAUUAAGCACGGCAGACAUUAGAGUCAAAAAGCGUGAAAUGCAAUUUAUUUUUAAAAGAAGUCUGUAAUUUUCAUUUGCACUGCUGCCCUUAAAGCACAAAAAGAGACAAAGCUUUCCAGAUAGUCUAGGUUUCUGUGCACUGCCUCUGGCACAGCUUGUUGCUGAGACACCAAGUCUCGCAACUUUCUAACAUACUCUACUGGCUCGGCUAAAGUUACAGUAUUUGAACCAACCUCAGCCAUUACUCUUCUUCUGGUUUAGCACAAACACUCGAAAGAACUUCUAAAUCAGAUACUUUUGCACAAGUGACAAGAUCACUGUCACACUGCACAUAGUCCUCAAAUGAAGCACCACUGAAAACGUCCAGCUGUUGACAGACCUCUGUCCACAUUCCAGUGUCAAUGACCGCGCUGUUCUCUUCCUCCUGCUCACUGACCUCGUCAUGCUCUUCUUGCUCAUUUGCAUCCUGCAAUGAAGAAAGGCCGAAUUCGUGCCAGCAGUUUCUAAUUAUAGCCUGUGACACUGACCACCAGGAGCCUGUCACCAUCUCGGCCGCCUGCCUGACAUUGAUGGGCUCAUUGUUCCCAAUCCUUAUAUUGAUUAAAAUCUGCUGCACAAGCCGCCGUCGGUACUCGACCUUCAAGUUUUGUCUGAUGCCCAAGUCGAGCGGUUGAAGCACGGCAGUGCAAUUUGACGGGAGGUAUUCGACAUACACAUUGCUCAAAUGGAGAUCGAAAAGAUGUGCUGAGCAAUGGUCUACAAUCAAAAGAAUCUUUCUUUUUGUCUUUCUCAUUUCUUCAUCGAUGCUCAGCAGCCACUCACUGAAGAGAUUCCUGGUCAUCUAUGCUUUUUGGUUGCUUUUAUAUGUGCAUGGAAGGAGAGAAAAACCUUUGAAACAUCGCGGUUUCGCAUAUUUUCCUACCACUAGGGACCUGAGCUUGUGGCUGUCUUUGGCGUUGCAGCACAACAGCACAGUGACCCUUGCUUGGAAGAACGUGAUAAAACAUACCAGUUUCAUCGGCAUUGUAUAUGUCAUCGGGUGAAUAUCCACUAAUGAUAUCUCGUAGUUUUUUAUCCCUCCAGGUUCUCGCCGCUUCAUGGUUGGCAUGUUUGCUUUCGCCGCAAAUAGUUUUCCACGCGAUCCCAUGCCUAUCCCGAAAUCGGGUAAGCCAUUCGCUGCUUGCUUCGAAGCCAAGAGCGUCUAGAAGCGGAGCAAAUUCCUUAGUUUUGCACUGUAUCAUUGGAAUGGACACGGGUAUGUUUUGGGAUAGCAGGUCGCAGAGCCAUACCGCAAUACCGCAACGGCAUUGUCCACUGCCUUGAAAUGUCCCGUGUAGAGUCGUUUCCUAGUAGGAUUGAACGAAGUUUCUUCUUAAAGCUUCGAUUUCUGUUUGACUAUCGUUGACAACGUCGACUGUGCAAUUCCGUAUUCCUUCGCAACCUCCACUUGCUUUUGCCCACUGUCCAGACACUGAAGGAUUUUGAGCUUGUCUGACAGAGACAACCGCUUCCGUUUCGUCAAACUCAUUACGAAAGUGGGCGGACGGCGCGUGAAAUGGGCUGUUGUUUCCAGAAAUGAAGAUAGCCGCACAAUACCGAUGAUGCCGACAGAUGCCGAUGAGACAGACAAAAAAAUAAGGGGCGCUGGCAAACUGAUGCACUUGUGGCUCGUUUUCGUCACCCGCACGGCCGCUUUGCCUCGGCGGCGCUGCAUGAACAAGCGAUGUCGCACCACUGCCGAUGGAUGGGCGAUUUAGCGGCGGCUCGCAUUAGCUAUGCAGUGCUGCAGUGCACAAAAAUUUGUUGAAUUGAUUCAAAAAAUGAGCCUGGGUCUGCGGAUCAAGUUCGUUCAGUUGAAAAAUUCACUAUUCUGACAUUCGUUUAACUGAAAUAUUUUUACAUAGAAUACAUAAGAAAAUUGCCGGGAAUUUUUGAAAAGUUCGUUAUUCUGAAAUAUUCAUUAAACCCACGUUUGCACAAGUGAGAGUUUAUUGUACUCAGAUAAAGCUUCCGUAUAGAAAUAUCGUCAUUAACUGUUCUUGUUUGCCUAUAUUAGGUUCUCCAUUGAAAAAUGAGUGACAUCUGCUUCGUAAAGUGCUGAAAAGAAUCAACAGACUGUCACAGAGCAAGUGCCGAUGUUGUCAUCUGUCCUCCAGCUUUAAUGGCUGGUUGGUAUCUUUUAUGCUUUGUAAUGUUGUACACCCAAGCAGAAACCGCGAUUAUUAAGUCAAAUAUACUUUUGGCCUGAAGCUAAUAAAAGCAUAGCUUUUCAUGUGUGCUGUUUAGUGCUAAAAUAACUAUAGUCUUCAACAUAUCUUCAGAAUGAUUCCAAACCAAAUUCAUCAUAUUCCAGCAUUAUUAAGCAAUAACGUCAUCCAGCACCACAUUUCUUGCUAGGUAAUUGUGAGAAACUGGAGGGCGGGAGCGGGGAGGGGGGGUCAAUGAAUCCGCGCACCUACUACGACUACUGAGCAGCCCCGAGGCAAGAAGUUCUUCCAUAUUGCCUAGCCGCUGCUUGGCAAGCACAGUGUAAGGUACCUGUUUGCGUAGAGUUUCCCACAAAACUCACUAGGAGGGCAGCUGGCGCUAGUGUCUGCAGUGGUAGGCUUAGGUAUGAUGGUUGGCAUAUAUAGGUUUGCCUAAACUUCAUUUAUGGCUUCAGAGGACCAGGUGAACUUAUUCGAAAUUGAUCACUUCUGGUAGAAUACUGGCAAACCUCUAUAUAGUAAUCCUGGGUAUAAUGUAACAAUAGUCUUUUUGCAACUAACUGAGACUUUGUGAUUGAGAGGUGUAGCCAGUAUAAAUCAUUAGGAAUGCUAUGUAUCAUUGGAGAAUGUUAAUUGGAUAUAUAAUGUGACAAAUAUAUUCCUGCGUCCAAUGCUCGUUUUGUUUCGGCAAGGUUAUCACAAGGGCAGUGAUUGCAUUAGCUAUGCACGUCAGUGUCGGUGGGGUGGGGGGAUGACUUAAUGCAUCCGUGUGUCUUUGAUCAAAAAACAGUCAGAUGCGCCGUGUAUCAGCCAGCAGUCAGUGUCUCGUCGAGACACCGAUACGAGACUCGUCUUCACCAAGUUGACAAGUCUCUCACCAUUUUCAACAACUGCCGCUGUCAACUUCAGGAUAGUUGUGUCCUCCCAAGAAAUUUCUGUGAUUCGAGCGUCAUGCCAUUAGAAACGCACAAGCGCAUAAACUAGCUGAAUCCAUGUAUACUUCCCAUCAUUUGCGCCACAUCUGAACGACUUUAGUGCCAGUUCUAACCAUAGCAGUGUUUUGUAGGGAACCGUGCGCCUGUUUGUAGCAGCAAAGGCACCAUGACGUGCGCUGCCUCUGCCCGAUUCUUCGUUUCUGGGCACUGCCAGUGUGGUGGUGCCUGCGGCGUUCUUGUCAUGUCUUUUUUGAUGUCCUUAUGAGUGUGUUUUCUGUCGAAAAUGUGUUAGUGUGUGUGUGUGUGGCACGAGGUCUCGAUUUCAUUUUUCAUUUAGAGUUUGGUGGGUGACUUUACCUCUGGUUAUGUUCUCCCUAGGUUUAUUUGUGUGUGUGCUUUCUUUCGUGGCAGUGUGUCAGUGUUGUUGGGUAUUUGUCGUAUUUCCUUUUAGAUCUAGAUUUGUGGCAUAAAUCUUUGGAGUGGACUGCCUUGCUUUUUUGGGGGUCUGUUACAGCCACACUGUCGUAUAGAGCAAGUGCCCAGGAGAGGGCUUGUACUUUUCAAGACGCACAAUAAAAACUUCUUUAAUAAACGGUUUUGCCUCA